CCUGCCAUCGCGCUCCCGGCUCUUCUCCCUGGCGCUGCGGCGCCCACCGCGGUUCAGGUUGAAUACCGGUUCGACCCGCCUUUUGGCUCAUCCCAGCGCUCAGCCUCACAGCCCGGAGAAGUGGAAUCUGCCCUGAAACUCUCGGUGGCUGGAGCCGGGAGACUGGGCAUGCUCAGAAGCCAGGGCUGGCUUUGGUCUCAAGUAGGAAGCUUUCGCACUCGGGAGGCAGCAGCGACUUUGGGGAAAGUUGAUCGGAGAGGGGAGGACGCCCCAAGACGCGGAGCAGCGGCAGGAAGGAGCCCCCGGCAGCCCCGAGGAGCAUGGGCACCCUGCGGGAUUUACAGUACGCGCUCCAGGAGAAGAUCGAGGAGCUGAGGCAGCGGGAUGCUCUCAUCGACGAGCUGGAGCUGGAGUUGGAUCAGAAGGACGAACUGAUCCAGAAGCUGCAGAACGAGCUGGACAAGUACCGCUCGGUGAUCCGGCCGGCUACCCAGCAGGCGCAGAAGCAGAGCGCGAGCACCUUGCAAGGCGAGCCGCGCACCAAGCGGCAGGCGAUCUCCGCUGAGCCCACCGCCUUCGACAUCCAGGAUCUCAGCCAUGUGACUCUGCCCUUCUACCCCAAGAGUCCACAGUCCAAGGAUCUUAUAAAGGAAGCCAUCCUUGACAACGACUUUAUGAAGAACUUGGAGCUGUCACAGAUCCAAGAGAUUGUGGACUGUAUGUACCCAGUGGAGUACGGCAAAGACAGCUGCAUCAUCAAAGAAGGAGAUGUGGGGUCGCUGGUGUAUGUCAUGGAAGAUGGUAAGGUUGAAGUUACAAAAGAAGGUGUGAAGCUGUGCACCAUGGGUCCAGGAAAAGUAUUCGGCGAGUUGGCUAUUCUGUACAACUGUACCCGGACGGCGACCGUCAAGACUCUUGUAAAUGUGAAACUCUGGGCCAUUGAUCGACAAUGUUUUCAAACAAUAAUGAUGAGGACAGGACUCAUCAAGCAUACCGAGUAUAUGGAAUUUUUAAGAAGUGUGCCAACAUUCCAGAACCUUCCUGAAGAGAUACUCAGUAAGCUUGCUGACGUCCUUGAAGAGACCCACUAUGAAAAUGGGGAAUAUAUCAUCAGGCAAGGUGCAAGAGGGGACACCUUCUUUAUCAUCAGCAAAGGAAAGGUAAAUGUCACUCGUGAAGACUCGCCAAGUGAAGACCCAGUCUUUCUUAGAACCUUAGGAAAAGGAGAUUGGUUUGGAGAGAAAGCCUUGCAGGGGGAAGAUGUCAGAACAGCAAACGUAAUUGCUGCAGAAGCUGUAACCUGCCUUGUGAUCGACAGAGACUCUUUCAAGCAUUUGAUUGGAGGACUGGAUGAUGUUUCUAAUAAAGCAUACGAAGAUGCAGAAGCUAAAGCAAAAUAUGAAGCUGAAGCUGCUUUCUUCGCCAACCUGAAGCUGUCUGAUUUCAACAUCAUUGACACCCUUGGAGUUGGAGGUUUCGGACGAGUAGAACUGGUCCAAUUGAAAAGUGAAGAAUCCAAAACCUUUGCAAUGAAAAUUCUCAAGAAACGCCACAUCGUGGAUACGAGACAGCAGGAGCACAUCCGCUCGGAGAAGCAGAUCAUGCAGGGGGCUCAUUCCGAUUUCAUAGUGAGAUUAUACAGAACAUUUAAGGACAGCAAAUAUUUGUAUAUGUUGAUGGAAGCUUGCCUAGGUGGAGAGCUCUGGACCAUUCUCAGGGAUCGAGGUUCAUUUGAAGAUUCUACAACCAGAUUUUACACAGCAUGUGUGGUAGAAGCUUUUGCCUAUCUGCAUUCCAAAGGAAUCAUUUACAGGGACCUCAAGCCAGAAAAUCUCAUCCUAGACCACCGAGGUUACGCCAAAUUGGUUGAUUUUGGCUUCGCAAAGAAAAUAGGAUUUGGAAAGAAAACAUGGACUUUUUGUGGGACUCCAGAGUAUGUAGCCCCAGAGAUCAUCCUGAACAAAGGCCAUGACAUUUCAGCCGACUAUUGGUCACUGGGAAUCCUAAUGUAUGAACUUCUGACUGGCAGCCCACCUUUCUCAGGCCCAGAUCCUAUGAAAACCUAUAACAUCAUAUUGAGGGGGAUUGACAUGAUAGAAUUUCCAAAGAAGAUUGCCAAAAAUGCUGCUAAUUUAAUUAAAAAACUAUGCAGGGAUAAUCCAUCAGAAAGAUUAGGGAAUUUGAAAAAUGGAGUGAAAGACAUUCAAAAGCACAAAUGGUUUGAGGGCUUUAAUUGGGAAGGCUUAAGAAAAGGCACCUUGACACCUCCUAUAAUACCAAGUGUCGCAUCACCCACAGACACAAGCAAUUUUGACAGUUUCCCUGAGGACAGUGACGAACCACCACCUGACGACAACUCAGGAUGGGACGUAGACUUCUAAUGUAUUUCUCUUACCUGCUUCUGCCUUGCUGAAGACAGCUUUUUCUGAGACACAGCUGCCAGCAAACCUGAAAGAAAGAGAGAAGAUUAGUGCUCGGGGUCACCAUGAUGCCUUUGAUCGAUGCUGCUCCAGUAACUACAGUGGCAUUAGGACUUAUUGCUUAGAUGACAAUAGUGCUCUUUACAUGUUUUCUGUUUGAACCUAAAAAUAGCAGUUGACAUGGUGGUCCUGAAGCAAAGCCUUUCACCAGUAAAGAAAUGUUUUCUAUUGUUGCGAUGACCUUGCUUUGCUCUGAUUAUAAUUUGAAAGACUGUAAGAAACACUUCAAAGAGAGUCAGUACCUUGCUAGAAUUAUCAAGAAGAUCAAAAAAUAAUAUAUUGGGUACGAUAGAUUAGAUUACUGUGGUACAAAAACUGGACUCUUCCCUUUCUUCAAGUGAGGGUUGUAGACUCUGUUACUGCAAGCUGGUGUAAAUACCGUAUACAAGAGGACCACACAUCUGCUGGUCACAGAGUUCAUGUCAAACCAGUGCUAGAAGUUUCAUGAUUUUCUUUCCCAGCAGUGCUGAUGACGAGACUGAAUGUUACCUUUCCUUUCUGACAGAUUUUAAAAACUGAUAUGAUCAAAGCACAACUGCUAUGGAGUCUGCAGAGAAGUCUCAUAGCAGGUAUAUAUGUGUUUUCACAGAGGACUGAAGAACACAACAUGCAUGAUAUUUGUUUCUUUUUGAUAAAUUGGCAUGACAGAGUGGGACAAAAGCAAUUCACAAACCAUUUCAUAUUUUUUUUAAAUAGCGUGCUUAAAGAUGGUCCUGGAAAUAAAUGACUAGCAGCCAACUGGUUUUUAUUUAUCUCACACACCCUCAAACUGAGGCUUAAAAUAUUCCCUUUUAUAAAA